CGUCGGCCGUUUAGUUCGCGUUUGACAGCGAGUCAGUGUAGUUGCGCGAAGUUGAUUACGGAGUCAUAAAGUUCUGCGCUCGUGUUCGUUCUGUGUUCUCUGGUUUUGUUGUUUUUUACCUUUAGUUUUUGCAGAUGGUGUAAGAUGAUCUUCGAAGGCCUCUAGAUUAGACUGCAACCGUACACCCCGUACUGCACAUUCCUUGUGACACUCACAAAACGCACAACGAAUCGAAAUGGAUUUACCGAAGGGAGCCAAGAUAACCCACGCCGGGCUGCUGCAUCACACUCCGGAUGGCAAGACCGAGAUUCAGAAGAUCACCCAAGCCGGUCUGGUGGCUCGGUCACCCGAGGGGACGGCUGCCAAGGGGAUGAACAUCCGUGGCAACGAGGAUCUGUGGGUGGAAAUUCAGGCCAAUACCUUCAAGAAUUGGGUCAACGAACAUGUGAAGGAGUCUGGCUUGCGGGUCAGUGAUUUCCACGAGGAUUUCUGCGACGGUACAUUUCUGUGUGCCUUGGUGGAAAGUCUUCAGAAGCGUCCUCUGAAGCCAAACUGGAACAAAAGACCCGCCAACCAGCACCAUUAUUUGGAAAAUGCCACCACGGCCUUGAAUGCCAUCGAAGCCGAUGGGGUGAAGCUAGUCAAUAUCGGCAACGUUGACAUCGUCAAUGGGAAUGUCAAGUUGAUUCUGGGUCUGAUUUGGUCCCUGAUUGUACGCUACCAGAUCGGUAAGAGUAAAUUCCCACCGAGGAAGUUGAUGCUGGCGUGGUUGCAAGCUGCCCUGCCCGAUUGCAAGGUGACCAAUUUGACGUCGGAUUGGAACAGUGGAGUACUGCUGUCAGCUCUGCUGGAUUACUGCGAGCCUGGGCUGUUCCCGCAUUGGCGUACGUUGGAUGUCCACGAUUCGGUUCGGAACUGCGAGCGUGCGAUGAAAAUCGCCUACGAUAGGUUCGGGAUACCGAAGGUGCUGGAGCCGGAGUAUUUAGCGUCCAGCUGGUUGGAUGAACUGUCCGGUAUGACAUAUUUGUCGUACUUUAUGAAACCGGACGGACCGGGCUACAAUACCACCAUGCGGUGGGUCAACAGUGUCAUCAAACGAUCGGUGUCCAAUUUCACGACGGACUUCAACGACGGAAAGGUAUUCUGCGAGAUCAUCAAAGAUCUGGGCGGUCCUGUACCGGAUCCGAGUAAACUAAGCUCGGACCCAAUACUGUGGGAGAGCAACCAGAACAAGGUUAUCGAGGGUGGUCUGAAGUUGGGAGUGAAACCGGUUCUGGCCGCCAAGGAUAUGGCAACGGCCGAUGAGGAACAUCUGGGCAUUAUGGCCUAUGCCACCUGGUUGCGAUGGGUUACUCCCAGGCCACCGUUGGCGGACAUGUUUGCGGUCCACCUGGAAAGCACUUCCGGAAGGAUUGGUGAACCGACGCGGCUGCGCGUUGAGGUUCUAUCGAGGGAAAUCGAGAUGAGCAAGGUGAAGGCGUUCGUAAGCACCCCGAACAGUAACAUGUUGCACCCGGUGAAGCUAAAUUCCAGGGGAGAGGGUACUUAUGUUCCGGAUAAGUAUGGGAUGCAUGAAAUUGUGCUGGAGGUUGACGAUAAUCAACUGGGUGGCCACUUCUUCCGGGUGCUGCCUCGGCUGGUGACGGUUGCCCCUCCUGGAAUGGCACCGUGUGCCCUGGGCAGCUUGGUGGAGGUGCUUGUCAAUGCUACCGGUGCUCCGAAGACUGAGGAUAUUCUGGUGACGGCGUACAGCCCGUCCGGAAGACCCUUGAAGUGUCCGCUGAAGAAGAUCGACCACGGACACAGUGCCAUAUUCAAGCCGGACGAGGCCGGCGUUUGGGAGAUUGCCAUAACGUACCAGGGACGGCACAUCCAGGGCGGUCCGUUUACCUGCUCGGUAUUCGACCCCAGUGGUGUCUCGGUGCACGGACUGGACGGUGCCAUGCCGCUGCGGGCUCACUCGUUCGAAGUGGACGCCCGUGGGGUCGGAGUCAGUGGAGAGCUGCACGUGGAUAUCGUGCACGAGAAGCGCUCGCUGGUCUGCUCGGUGGAGAAGCUGCAGGAGAACAAGUACCAGGUGACGUUUAUGCCGAGACAGAACGGGAAACAUCGGGUGUACAUCUACUUCAAUGGGUACGAUGUCAAGGGAUCGCCGUAUAUUAUGCGAGUCGGAAGCAAGGGCCGAUCCGGGAAGACCAGAAGCAGCCCGCAGCACGACAGUCGGAUGAGAUCGGAGAGCCCGUCGUACCACUUCCACAGUUCAUCCUUGAACCGGAAAAGCGAACUCAAACGGGACAUCUACUCUCCGCAAACAGUUCCGGCUGUCAAGGAAAUCUACAGCAGCCGAUUGACUUCCCCGUUGAGGGAAAGCCCAUCUCCAAAGGAUGUCCUCAACAGCAGUAGUUUCAAAACUGAGUACAAGAAUUUAUCAUCCGACAACGAUUAUGGCUUCAGAAAGAGUACGGAGGCGCUGGCAAGCGAUUUCAAAACUCCACCGAAAGAGGAUGGCUUCAACUACGUCAAGACGGUCCGUACGGAAAACCAUGUUACGAAGACGAUUCGUCAGCAUCGUGACUCGGAGAGUCCCAGUCUGCUCCGUGCCAGCCCGGGCUUGAAGAGUCCUCAAACCGUAUCCUCAACCAUCUACGAAUCCCGGAAUGCUACUGCUAGUCCCAAGUUCUACACAUCCACAACUCGUUACGUCCCGUCACCGGUCGAGGCCCGUAUUUCGAGUCCGAUCAAUAUGCACGAGAAAAACGAAUCGUACAAGUUUACCGAACGGGAGUCGAAGUUCAAGAGUACCAUCACUCGGGAUGUUGCACGGGACAGUCCCACGAUUGAAAUGUACAAAACAUCCUCCCCGUCGGUGGUUGACUAUUCUUCGAACAUCAAAGUAACUUCUAAUAAUGGCCCUUCCCGUCGGGAUAGCCGCGACGUUAUCAGCAAGACGAAGCACAUGUUUUCACAGAAUUCUCUUGAAUCGCUGGCUAAUUUAACCGAGAAGCAGCUGAACACGGAUUUGACGUUUGACCGAACGGUUGAUUCCCAGACGGAGAAGAACACGCACUUCAACAAGUUCUCGCUGGGGGAGAACAACUACCGAAGCGAUAGGAAACUGAUCGAAGACGAGGGUUUGUACCGCCCGGGAGGUUAUCUGAAGAAUUAUAAGACGGAGUCGAGCGAACGGUACGAAAAAUAUACGACCUUGAACAGUGGGUUUGAACCGAUUGGACGUGACGUCACUGGUGCUAGGGCGAUCCGAGUUCAGGAUAUUCCCGAUGGAGUUCUGGGACGACCGGUUGAGUUUGAGAUUGACGGUUCCCAAGCCGGAUCCGGAAAUCUGGAAAUUUUGGUCAACGGCGGUCGCGUGACGUCGGCGGUGCGUGCUCUGGGUAAUCAGCGUUUUGUCGCCAGUUUUACCCCGCACGAGUCCGGUGUCCACACGGUGCAGAUUACGUUCAACGAGGAAACCGUACCAGGUUCACCGUGGAAUAUCAACAUAAUGUCCUCACCGGGGCUGACGGCUCUCGGUGAAUCCACCCGACUGGUGCCGGCCAAUGUGCCGGCGGUUUUUGAGGUUCUGCCGCCUCCUGGAGCUUCAAUCCGGGGCAGUGACUGCGUGGCGACUGUGCUCUCGCCCAGCAAGAGCAAAGUUAACGCGCGAGUCACCCACGAGGCGGCCAACGGUGCAGUGAGGAUCGAGUUCGUCCCGAACGAAGUCGGAACGCACAUCAUCGAAGCCUCAAUUGGUGGAACCACACUGGUCGGGGGACCGUUAAUUGCCAAGGUCUACGACUCGAGCUUGAUUCAGGUCACGGAUGUUAAUGGAGGAGUGGUGGGACAACCGUGCCAAUUCCGGGUGGAUGCCAGUGCGGCCGGAGAAGGACAACUGGAAAUUUCAAUCAAUGAAGGAGAAGUUCCAAAUCACGUACAGGUGGUCGGAGGUGGUAGAUGCCUGGUAUCGUUCACCCCGGAGCAAGCGAAACCUCACUUGAUCGAUAUCAAAUUCAACGGAGAAACCGUGAUCGGUUGUCCGUUUGUGUGCUCGGUUGCCGAUACCAGUCGAGUCUUGCUCAAUCUGUCCAACCUGGAACUGAUUCCGGUGAACAGACCAGCUUCGUUCCACAUCACCGUCAGUGGUGGAGGAGCCGCAGAACUGGCUGUAAGUGUACGAGGUCCACAGGGAGAGCUACCCGUUAGAGUGACCGGUGACAUUCAUGCAGGAUUCACCGCAGAGUUCACACCGAACCACGUGGGAGCUCAUACGAUCAAUGUAGAAUACAACGGUUACCCGGUGCAGGGAACUCCUUUCGUUGCCAAGUCUUACGAUGCGACAAAAGUCGGAGUGGGCUCUGUUUCCAAGGGCACCGUUGGAAGACCCGUACAAUUCACCGUAGAUGCCGGCGAUGCCGGUGAAGGAAAUCUGGAGAUCACCAUCUCCGCCAAAGGCCAUAACAUUCCCACCCAGGUGCACCCGCAGGGAAAUGCCAAAUUCGCCGUAUCGUUUGUCCCCGCCGAGCCAUGUGAACACAUUAUCAAUGUUUCGUUCAACAAAAUGCUCGUACCCGGUUGUCCCAUAACGGUGAUCAUCAACGGGGGAACCACUGGACCACAAGUGUCCCUCGGUGGACCAGGUCCGCUACAUUUGCCGAAUUCGCUAAUCAUCAAUCACGCCGGAGGCCGACUGGAGGACAUCGAAGUCAAUGUCGAAGGACCAUCCGGACAUUCGGUGCCAGCUCAGGUUCUGCAAACGGCCGACGGUGUGUUCAAGGCCGAGUUUGUGCCGCGGGUCGUCGGCGAGCAUCGAGUCAGCGUGACCGUGGAGGGACAGCCGACCGUGGGCAGUCCGUACUCUGCUAAGGUCUACGACGUAACGGCGAUCAAGGUGAAGAACGUCAACAAUGGCACCGUGGGAAAGCCUGUCGUCUUCUUGGUUGAGACAUCCCAAGCGGGUCCGGGCAAUUUGGAGGUUACGGUCAACGGAGGACGGGUACCAACAUCGGCUCAAGCUCAAGGUCAGCAUACGUACGCGAUCAGCUUCACUCCACGGGAGGCUCAGAAUCAUACCGUGGAGUUGCGCUUCAACGGGCAGGACGUACCGGGAAGCCCGUUCACUUGCAAGGUAUCGCCAGCAGCACGGAUCGUCACCAGUGAUCUGAUGGACAAGGUAAGCGUAGGGCACGUGUUCGAUUUUCUGGUGGAGUCGGACAUCUCACCGGUCGUGGAAGUUUUGGGACCAGCCAGAAGAGCAGUUCGUGCGGAUGUGAUUCCGGUUUCGGGAGCAUAUCGCGUCAAAUUUGAACCGAUCGAGGUCGGCGAUCAUUCGGUUGAGGUUCGUCUGCCCGGUAGUGGCCACGUUGAAGGAAGUCCGUUUCUGUUGAAGGCUUACUCAGCUGAAAAGGUGGUCGUGACGGAUAUUAGACCUGGUGUCGUCGGAAAGAGCGUCAGCUUCGGGAUCAAUGCUAGCCAAGCUGGAGCGGGAAAUUUGGAGAUCAUUGUCGCAGUCGGAGGAAAGAACGUACCGAACUUCGUCCAAUCCGAGGGAAAUGCACGAUUCAAAGUAAAUUUUAAACCAACGGAAGCUGCCACACACUCGUUGUCGGUGAGGUUCAAUGGUUAUCCAGUUCCAGGAUCUCCGUUUGCUUGUCAUGUUACGCAUGCUCCAGUUUCGCUUUCCAAGGCGAUCGCAACCGGAGAGUGUUUGAGACAGGCUCCGGUUAAAUGCGAGAACAUUUUCGAGCUGGAAGGUUUCGAUGGUAUCGAUCCUCAGGUGUUGAUUACUUCCCCUUCGGCUGAUACUGUCUCCUGCAGAGUGUCCUUCCGAGACGAUAUCCACUAUGUUUCGUUUGUUCCGACCUCGGUCGGUAGACACUUGAUCAGUGUUACAGCGAACGAUCAGCACAUCAAUGGAUCGCCAUUUUCUUGCAACGUCUUUGACGUUUCCCGGGUUGCCAUCAGUGGACUCGAUCCCCACAACACUAUGGCCUCACUGGGAGUUCCGUUGACCUUCAGCGUUGAUGCUGCCGGAGCCGGUGAAGGAACGCUGGAACUGGUCGUUUCCACGGCAACCAGUACCGUGAAAGCCGAAGUUACUGCUUGCGCAAGAGGUUUGUACGACGUUACAUUUGUACCGCAGACCUGUGAACCUCACUUUGUUAACAUCACGUUCAACGAUCUUCCGGUGGAUGGAAGUCCUUUCCGUUGUGAAGUUCAGCAAAAUACGCAAAACGUACAGAUUGGCAACAUUACGUUCAUUGAGCUGGUCGGUGAGGAACAGACCGUGGAGAUCUACGACCCAGAAAAUAAGAUGGUGCCAUUCACACUGUCCCGGAAAUCCGCCGAAUUCAAAGCGACUAAAAUUGGAAGCUACAUCAUUCGGUACAUCGAUCAGGAAACACGGUCGUUCAUCGCUGCUAGGACGAUCAAUGUAUUCGAUCCCUGCAUGGUUAAAAUCGUCGAGGUUGGAGAAGCUUACUGCCAUAAGCCGGCUUCCCUGGCGGUGUCAAUACUGGAUGCCGGUCAGGGUACACUGACUUCCGUGGUUCGUUGUGGAGGCCUGGAAGUGCCACAUUCAAUUCGAGGACCCACCAAAAACGGUACCUGGGAGAUUGUAUACCAUCCAACGCGAGUUGCUCCACACAAGAUCAUGAUCCUGUACAACCAGGUCCCGAUCGCCAGUAAGCCUAUCGAGAUCAACGUCUUGGCUCCUGCAAUGACGAAGGAGAUCACCGUCAACGGUUUGGGACUGUACCAGGCUCGCGUAACCAAGACGACCUCGUUCGCCAUCGACACCGUUGGUCAUCUGGCACGGGAGUUUGAUGUGGUCGUUUCCGGCCCGGGAGGUCAAGCUCUGCCGGUGCGCUGCUACCAGACCAAGGGUGGCCAUCUGCAGGCGGAAUUCACCGUGCAGAAGGUUGGGCAAUGCUUGAUUGACGUUCUUCAUCAAUCGAAACCUUUGCCGGGAAGUCCAUACACCUGUGAGUCGUAUGAUCCUUCCAAGAUUCAUCUGCAGAAAGUGCCCAAAAUGAACCUUUGUACCAAUUCACCGAUUACCUGGAAUGUGGAGUCCGAGUCGGCAGGCGUGGCAGAGAUCGAAGUCACCGUUCUAUCCCCUACGGGACAGAAUGUCCCCGUAGAGCUGACCCAACAGGAAGAUUACGUUCACCAGGUCGAGUUCUUGCCGUUGAGUGCCGGUCACUACAAAGUCACCGUCAUGUAUGGAGGAGAGAGCGUCCCAGGAUCACCGAUCACGUUUGCCGUCCAAGCUGUCGGAAAUAAAACGGAUAGCCACGCUUCCGGGAAUGGACUGGAAGUUGCUCACCGUGGCAAGGAGACGUCCUUUGUAGUGUUUUGCCCUUCGAUGCCAAACGUCCAGAUCGAACGAUGUGACGAACAAGCUGAGCGAAUCGAGCCCAAGAUCAAGAACUUGGGUAACAACGAAUGGAAGAUUUUCUACACAAUUCUGACGGUUGGAGAGUAUGAAAUCAGGGCCAGCUGUACCAAUCGAGGCCCUCUACCGGGAUCACCAUGGACCAUUUCGUGUCUGGAUCCAGUGAAGGUCACUCCAAUCGGAGGUUGGGGAAGCUUGUUGGAUACUAAUGGAAAACUGCUGCUGCCAGUCAAGAUUGCCUUCGACACUAGUAUGGCUGGACCUGGAGAAUUGACCUGCUAUGUGGACAGUACUGAGAUCAUUGUUGAGAAACAAGGCAAUGGACGCUGUCUGCUCUACCUGUCCGAUGAAGAACUAUCCAAGGGAGAACAUAGCUUCGACUUAACCUGGUCUGGACUGCCAAUCUCACAGAGUCCUGGAUACGUGUUCGUCACAGGCAACUCAUCCGCCGCCGAUAAGGUUGUUCUUACCGGAAGAGGUCUAACUUCUGGACAAGUAGGUGAAAUUUCUCACUUCACAAUCGACGCCUCAGAAGCGUUGUCCGGAAAACCAGAAGUUCACAUGGAGUUCGAAGAUGGAGAAAACCUACCGGUCACGCUUUUGCAACCAAGACCAAAUGAACUAAUCUGGCUAGCUUCGUUCAAUCCACACAAAUCCACCGGAGGACCGCUGAGCCUCUCCGUCGAGUGGAACGGUCGAUUGAUCAAGGGUUGUCCUCUGACCAUAUCCGUGGGUCCAGCAGUAGAUGCUGCCAAGGUUCUAUGCUCUGGCGAAGGACUUCGCAACGGUGUUGUUGGUCGAGACAUCAAAUCCUGGAUCGACACGAGACGUGCCGGACCAGGAGAGCUGACCGCUCACUGUGCCGGUCCUCGGAAGGUCGCUUACUGCGAACUGUACGAUCAUGGAGACGCUACGUUCACCUUGAACGUCAAGCCUCAGGAACCGGGAAGACAUACACUCACGAUCAAGUACGGAGGUCAACACGUUCCCGGAUCACCGUUCACGCUCCGUGUAGCGGGAGCUCCCGAUGCUAGUAAGGUUCGCGUCUACGGACCAGGAAUCGAGCAUGGUGUGCUUGCGACGUUCCAGUCGCGGUUUAUCGUUGAUACGCGAGGAGCCGGUGCCGGACAGCUGACGGUUCGCGUACGCGGACCCAAGGGGGCAUUCCGAGUUGAGAUGCAGCGGGAGAGCCAGAAGGAUAGAACUAUUCUUUGCAAGUACGAUCCCACCGAACCGGGAGACUAUCGAGUGGAGGUCAAGUGGGCCGGCGAAUUGGUUCCGGGAUCACCGUUUCCGGUGCUGAUCUUCGACACCCAGGAGGAACUAAAGCGAUUCCUGCACAACAAUUAGCAUCACCAUUUAAGUAUUCUUAUUUGUGCAGUUUACCUACCCCGUAAGAUGUUGACUAAUUUAUGUUAGAACAUGACGCAAGAAGGAA